UGCUGUUGCACACACACAGUAACACGUGUCUGCUGUUACAGGGAGGGAAAACAUAGCAACAGCAGCUCUCAAAACAGGAAAAGCGGUCUCCCUUCGUAAAGCGGUCUCCCUUCGUAAAGAUUGAAACGAUAUGUUAUUAACUUGAGUCAUUAGUGGAUGAUAAAGUUACAGUAACUAUAGGAAAUCAGAGCGACCGACAGCUGCCUAUUAUUUUUUGAUCACGCCAUAUCUUUACGAAAUGAAUGUACUGUUUUUGCGAUACGAACUUAGGAUGUGUUUACCUUACAGACGCAAAGAUGCAAAGAACAUGAUCAGGACUGAUGGCCUCUCUAAAAGUGAGGCGACUCGGCGGGACAAUGGGACGACACCACCCCAGAUGCUGCACCUUUUAUCCGCUGUCUUCGUGUGGCUCGUGACGGGCACGACCAUAUCCAGCUUAAACAAAUGGAUAUUUGCCGUGUACAACUUCAGGUAUCCUCUGCUUCUGUCAGCACUGCACAUGCUCACCGCAAUAGUGGUGGACUACGGGCUGAUCAAGCUGAAAGUCAUCCGUCACCGAGGAGUCGGCGAGCAGGACUUGACAGCCAGCGCAAAGUUCAAGGUGUUCCUACUGAGUUUAACUUUUUGUGCAAGCAUCGCGUUUGGGAACGUGGGGCUCAACUAUGUCCAGUUGUCUUUCGCACAGAUGAUCUAUACGACCACACCAAUUUUCACGUUGGCCAUAUCUACUCUGAUCCUCGGAAAACAACACCACAUGAUAAAAUACACCGCUAUGAUGCCAAUCUGCCUCGGAGCCUCUUUCAGCAUUAUGGGCGAGGUCCAGUUCGACCAGACGGGCUGCCUUUUCGUUGUCGCCGCCACAAUGCUACGAGGUGUUAAGUCCAUUCAACAGAGCAUCCUACUCCAGGAGGAGAAGAUCAACUCUGUCUUCCUCCUCUACCUCAUGUCUAUCCCCAGCUUCUGCAUCCUGAUCGUGGCAGCCCUGGCGCUGGAGAACUGGGCCGUCCUGGAGUCGCCGUUCAGCUACGACCGGCACCUGUGGCUCUUCAUCCUGCUCAGCUGCCUGGGCUCAGUGCUGUACAACCUGGCCAGCUGCUGCGUGAUCACGCUCACCUCGGCCGUCACGCUGCACAUCCUGGGCAACCUGAACGUGGUGGGCAACCUGCUGCUCUCGCAGCUGCUCUUCGACAGCCAGCUGUCGGCGCUCAGCUGUGCCGGCGCCGCACUCACACUCUCCGGCAUGCUCAUCUACCAGCACUCGGAGUUCAUCGCCGGCUACCUGGACGCGCGGCACGCCCGGCAGACGGAGAGCCAGGCGGACGGGGAGAGGGACAGGGAUGGAAUGGUCCGUCCACUACUGGACUGCUGCUCAAGGGUGCCGGAUGAAGACUCCAGCCUGCUGACAGAGAGCCAAUCUGAGGAGGAGUCAGCAGCAGAACCGGAGACUCCCGACUUGGAUGGAACGUCAGAGGUCGAGAGGCAAGAGGUGAAGGAGGAGACUUUAGAUGGCAACAAGGACAAGUUGGACUGAGGCGGUCAGAAGCGGAAUGAUGGUGAAAGAUACAGUGUGGAAUGCUCACAGUGGAGCACAUGCUGACACAGGUGGGCAUCACGAACCUCCAAGGCGAGAAGCGUCUCCAUGCCUCGGAAAACAGACGGACAGACACACAGCGUUCAGAACUCUCUCUCUCUCUCUCUCUCUCUCUCUCUCUCUCUCUCUCUCUCUCUCUCUCUCUCUCUCUCUUUUUUUUAUUUUUUAUUUCUCCUUCCUGUACCCCUCCCCUUACCUCCUCACUGUGCCAACCUUUUAUUUAUUUUAUUAUCGUCCUCUGUGAGGGGAGACGAGGUCAGUCCUGAGAGGCACUGAGAUUGAUGCACACUGGCAGAUAGAGAUGCCUUUUUGCAAAAGUGUCCACUGUAGAGUAGAGGUACACUCUACCGCCCCCCCCCCCCCCCCCCCCCCCCAACCUGCUCACUUUCUCAAGAGAGGGGCGUGUAGAAGCCUGAGAGAGCUCAGUGGUGGUGAGCUCAUAUCACUCUUUGUCCUCUUCAUACCACUGUGAAAAUUGGCUGAAGCAAGCAUGCACUCCUUUUUUGUUUGUUUUGGGGUUUUUUUUUUUCUUUUGCCUGUUAACCUUUUUUCGCAUGCACCACAUGGGCAGGAGUGAGAAUUUUGACGCACUUUUUCAGUUGAAAGACAGCAAGCAAAAUGGCACAAUGUUUACCAAGAAAGAGGAACUUUGAGACAAAAGGAAAUGAGUCUGGUCUUCACACUCCUCAGCUGUAUAGCCUUGGGCCCUUUGCUCAUGUGUGAACUGAUCUGAGAACAGGCGAGAUGGUUACAUCCCUGAUGAGUCAUGAUGUUUUCACUGACUCAUCCUUCCUCUUCCUGUGAUCAGAUCAGUUCUCACGGGGGACUGGGGCCGCUGAUGUAAAGCACAGGUGGGCAUAUCGGCUUUCAAAGGGCUCUCGUGUGCCAGGUAGGUGUGCCAAGGUCGCCUUUGGGCAGGAGAAGAUUAGUCUGACUAUCUGUCAGUCAGCCUUUUCUAGGCCAAAGUCACCUUCACCACACACACUGGUCCAUCAGGAAUAGACAUGCCAAGCCAUUGUGUAUAAUUAGAGGUACUGUUCCAACCAAACCUCCCCAUACUACUGGGGAGGUUAACUUGAGGCAGCUGACAGUAUGGGAGGCCAUAUGUCAAAUGAGCAUGCGGUUGUUUAUUACUCUUUUUGUUUUUAUUUAUUUUUUGGUCUUGAUUUUGUUUACAGUUGGAGACGUGUUCCUCAUUACGUGGUUUGACGCACACAUCAUGCUUGCCGAUGUUUGGUAUGCAUUGUUUUUUUUUAAAUGACUGUGGACAACCAGCAGGUACAAGCAUCCUUUGAUGUGAACAACCAUCAACCUUGGGGGAAAAAAACGAGGAGUCCAUAUUUCUCAUCUAAAAGGCCAGCCAUGUUUAUCCUGUCCCUUUAUCGUAACCUGUUACACCUGUGCUUGCUGUCAGUGAACUUCCCAACCCCUGAAGAAACACUCAACAGCCCCUUUUUGCGUUUGAGUGCUGAGUGGCGUUGGAACGAAGCAUGAGCACUGAAUGGGUUUCUGUUGCCCGCAGGCUUUUAUUAAUAGUUCUGUGUCGCAUGGGUCUCGCUCCAUUUUCAAACUGAGUCUUCCCAAUGGAGUCAAGAAUGAGGCUCACCUCCGCUUCCCUCAGAGGAGACAUCGAACACCACCCUGCGUCAUGCCUUACCUCUCAUGGCCUAGAUGGGUGCUGAUUGUCAUUGGAAAAAAAAAAUGUUACUUCUUUUAAAUUAUUUAUUGUUAUUAAGAGUUAUAUCUGACCUAAACAAAAGGCAGUAUUAUAAGUAGUCACUCCAAUUUUGGUGUGUGGAAAUUUGUAAUUUUUGACUGGGAGGAAAUAGUGUCUCUCUAAGGGUUCUUGCACUGCGGCUCCGUUGAGGUUAGUCUGUGCUGAACGUAUGCUGUGGCACCCCCUGCUGGGUGGAAUGAGCACUUUGGUCCUUUUAAAGGCCCUCAACGUAAAUCAAGCAGUGUAUUUAGAAAGCAUUUGGAAGAAUUCAUGUCAGACAUUUUAGAAAAGGCAGUUCAAGAUGGAGGUACUCAAGGUGCUGUCCAGCACAUUCAAGGAGUACAUUUUGAUCCUUGCAAUCAUUCCUAGCUAUUUUUUCAUGAUGUAAGUAUGCGGGGAGAUGUUUACCAUUAAUGGCAAUCAGAAAAAGACAUCUUCCUUUACAGCUGUGGUUAUAAAACAGAAAUCAUCACGAUACGUAAUUUGCCCUUUUUAUGCUCAGUGCCUACUAGUCGCAUAAGACAAAAAAUAAAAAAAACAAUGUACAUUAUCUUAGACUAAAUAUGCACAGCUGUGCGCUAAGUCUUGGAUGUUAAUUUGUUUUUGUUUUUUACUAUUCUUUACCACCUUGUCAAAGGUCUGUCUGGUCCUAAUACCCUCCAAUGAGAUCCAAAUACCAUGAUAAAUAGCCUACCUAUACUUUUAAGAGAAUGUUGAAAAACAGGUUUUCUUAAUGUUUUGAAGGAGGACCAAAUUUGUCACACAUUAACGAUUGAAAACCGGAUUUUGCACAUAAAAAUAUAGUUUCACAUUUGUACACAUACCAAGCAGAUCAUACAAAAUAAUCAGCCUCUUGUCUUCAUCUGCUCCAAUUUUCCGUUUUUUUUUUAAAUUUUUUUAAAAAGUGUCUUGAAGACGGGGAUUGCAUAAUUGCAUUUCUGUAAUAAGUGACGUAACAAUUCUUAGACCGCAUAUCUACUCCAUCCUGUACAGAACAAGAUCACAAUGUUUCACUCUCUUUACGCUCUCCUGACAUCUAGCUAGUCUUGUUUUCUUGUCCUGAGGGCAGGUGGCAGAAAUAACUGUUCCACGUGUCAGUGCAGCGGUCAGAGUGUUUAGAAGCACUUUUUCCAGUGCUUUCUCAGGUCCGAGCAGUCGUCACCCAAGCAAGCCCCUCCAGUCCUCACAUGUGCCAAUAGGGGUUCCUUGUCAUUUAAACUCCAUUUUCUUCUGUGAUCAGGGCACGUAUUGCAAAUACAGGGUUUAGUGGCAAACCUGGAUAAGUUCUCCCAGAAAAAGUGGUCAACUUCCUAAUAGAAGAACCCUAUGGCUCCAUUCAUCCAGGAAACCGAGCCAAAAGGCACUUCUUUUAGGAGGAUUAUCACUUACUAUGUGUUAAUUUACCCAAAUGUGUACUUCAUACCUUGUACUUGAAUUGCCACCCAUUCAGGAUCUCGAUCACUGUUCACAUUAGCCUCCUGUCUUUGUUCACAAGCACAGCAUUGUGGCUUUUGCAUGGAUAAGCAGCAAUAGGUCCUAGGCAGGGUCGACACAUCAGAACGGAUGCCGCAUCCGCAACACUGUAUACACACUUACCUUGUUGGUGGGGUGAUCACUGUCAGUUAAAAUUCAUAUACCUCAAUUUGUGAACACAGCAUUUUGGUCACGCUGUUGUUGUUGUUGUAUUUUUGUUUUUAGUUGAUUAAGCCAUCAAGGCAAAUCAUAAUAAACUAAAAUGGGUUGCAGCACAAAAUUGCACUGACGAAUUUCAGACAAUACCGCCUGAUUGGAAAAAAUAGGCUCCUGUGUAUAUGAGGUGUCUGAUGUCAGUCAAAUGUUAGAUGUAAAUAAUUAUAUUUAUGUAUUUUGCAAUCAUGAAAAGCUGGCUAAAUAUACUGGUUCAAGAACCCUU